ACAUAAAGCAACAGGGGUUCCAUCAAAAACAUGAAAUCUAUAGAAAUGAUACAGACUAAUACGGCAUGGACGACGUUUCGAUGCUUCGUCGCCACCAUCGGCUUGGUCUUCGAGUUCCUGCUGUGCCGUUUCUUACAUACGGUCCCUUUGUUUCACGAGGUUGUCGAGGAAACAAUCACAAAAAAAGCGCGGUUGAAAAUGGUCAAAGACAACUAUUGGGAGUCGUUGUUCGGAUGGCAAAUGUUCAAAGAAUGUUGGAAAAUGAAGGUGAUGGAUUUGCGAAAGAAGGUUGCCGAAGGUACAAAUGUUGUGGAUUCGAAUUUGAUCACAACAGACGGUAAAUGCUUGCAGUUAGUCGAUCUUGUCAGGAUAGGACGGCCGCUGGUCUUGAACUUUGGUAGCUCAAGCUGACCGCCAUUUAUGGCAAAGUUGGCAAAAUUUAAUGAAAUCGUACGGGAUUUCAACGAUGUGGCCGACUUUGCUAUCAUAUACAUAUCUGAGGCUCAUGCUGCAGACGGUUGGGCUUUCAAGAACAACUUCGACAUACGUCAGCACAAAACGAUUACCGACCGACUAACGGCGGCAAAACACGUUUUGGCACGAAACCCCCCGUGCCCAGUCUACGUAGACACGAUGGCAAACACAAUGAACAUUGCUUACGGAGCACUUCCGGAAAGACUUUACGUCAUCGAAGAAAACAAGAUCGCGUACGCUGGGGGAUUGGGACCCGAUCACUACAACCUAGAGGAAGUGCGACGAUGGUUGAGCGAAUACAGAAAUAACGCAAGAAAACGCACAUGGAGUUGGUAGAAGAUAAACAGAUGAUGUAUGGGAAACUUUAUGGAAAGAAAAAAUUGUUUCGGGAACUUUAUGGAUAUAGGAUAAGAUAUAGGAAGAAUGUCAUUACGUAUAUAUAUAUAUAUAUAUAUAUAGUUAAGCCAUUAAUAUAGUAUCUCUCUGUUUUAGUGAGAGGAAAUUUUAGAAGCAGUAGAGUUUGCUGGACGAACUCGUUUUUUGAGAUAAUUCUGACGAUUAGUAAUACUAUAUUUUUACCAUCGUAAAUUCAGUUAUGACUGUCAAGAUCUUAAAGCAGAUUUCUGCAGGAUCUGGACACGAUGUUAUGGUGUACGAGGUGAUAGUUUAUAGGAUAGAUGUAAUGGCUUUUGUUUCACAUGUAGAAAAAAAAUGCAAAGUGAACUGAAUAACUGUGA